GAAAUCAUCGCGAGCGUGCGCGCGAUCGGUGGAUCGCUGGCGGUGCUGAAGCGGGAACACUUGCUGGUCGGGAACGUGGCGCGGCGCGUGCUGCGAGUGAUACGGGACGAGGGGGCGACGAGCGAGAGGGGCGACGGCGGCGGCGGCGGCGAGAGCGGCGGCGGCGGCGGCGGCGCGGCGACGAAGAAAUUGAAAAAGGAUGUCAUCGAUACCGCACACGAGGUGAUCGAGGAAAUGGAGACGGUGUCGACGAAUAUUGCGAGCCAAAGCUCGGAUUUUGUGACGAAUGGAUGCGUGGUGAUGACGAUGGGGUCGAACGCGAGCGCGGGGACCGGGUUGGCGGAGGCGUUUUUGAGAGACGCGAAUAAGAAACGGUCCGCGAGCGAGGGAGGGGGUGGAUUUAGCGUCGUCGUCGCGGAGAGCGCGCCGAGAUACGACGGACACGCGAUGGCGAAGAGUUUAGCCGAGCGUGGGGUGCGGGACGUGAGCUUGAUUUGCGAUAGCGCGGUGUACGCGACGAUGCCGAGCGUCAAGCUGUGCGUGUUGAGCGCGCGGGGCGUGCUCGCCGAUGGCAGCGCGCUCGUCGAUAGCGGGGCGUAUAACAUAGCUCUUGCCGCGAAAGCGCACUCCGUACCCGUGCUUAUGCUCGCCGGUUCGUACGCAAUCUCACCGAAGACGCAAAAAGAAGCCGGGUUCGACCGCGUCUACGGCUUCGGGUCGCCGUCGACGGCACUGGGUUACGGCGAGCGCGGUGCCGAUCCGGACGCCGUCGUCAUAAACCCGUCGUUCGAAUUCGUACCCGCGGAACUGAUCUCGGUGUUCGUCACCGAUCACGGCGCGCAUUGCCCGGGAUUCAUCAACGUCUUACUGUCAGAGAUGUACUCCCCGCUCGAUUCCGCGCUC